AUGAGUACAAAAAAUAUUUUUGAAGAAUAUGGUGAAGACAACAGAAUACGAAAAACCAUAAAAAAUAGUGUCAAAACUACGUGUAGUGCAAAAACGAUAAAGAAACGUUUACCAAUCAUAGAAUGGCUACCAAAAUACAACGGUACGCUUUUAAUACAAGAUAUCAUAGCUGGAAUAACUGUUGGGUUAACCGCAAUACCCCAAGGCAUAGCUUACGCAGUUGUUGCAGGUCUCUCACCGGAAUAUGGACUAUACAGUGGUUUAUUAGGAGGAUUCGUCUAUUUGUUUUUUGGAAGUUGCAAAGAUGUUACUAUUGGCCCUACUGCGAUCUUAGCAACUAUGACAGCGAAAUACGUAGCUGAUUAUUCUUCGGACUUUGCUGUGUUAGCUGCUUUUUUAGCUGGAAUAGUAGCUCUGGCUAUGGGGAUUUUAAAUCUUGGAUUUCUAGUCGAAUUUAUUUCUAUUCCUGUGAUAAGUGGAUUUACAACGGCUGCGGCGAUACAAAUAGCUGGUGCGCAGCUAAAGGCAUUCUUUGGUCUUAGUGGAGAAUCAGGAAAAUAUUUUGCCGAGUCAGUAUAUCAUUUUAUACGUAAUAUUAAGACAGCAAAUUUAUGGGAUCCUGUACUUGGAUUUGCUACGAUUGUGAUCCUCAUAUUUUUGAAGAAAGUAGGUGAAGGCUGUGGACGUAAUGAUUGUUUAAUGAAGCAGCUCCGAUGGUUCACGUCACUGGCAAGAAAUGCCGUUGUCGUUAUCAUCGGCAUAGUUUUAGCGUAUGUUUUAAAAGUCACUACUGACAGUGAACCGUUAGUUCUAGUAGGUGAUAUUGGAAAGGGAUUACCAAAGUUUCAACCACCACCAUUCAACACUACAGUUGGAAAUAAAACUUACAAUUUUGGAGAUAUGGUUCAAGUUUUGGGACCACAAUCGAUCGUUUUACCGCUUGUCGCCAUACUUGAAUCGGUAGCGAUAGCUAAAGCCUUUGCUGGAGGUGUUCAUGUAGAUGCUACUCAAGAAAUGAUUGCCCUUGGUUUUUGUAACAUCAUGGGGUCGUUCGUAAGAAGUAUGCCUGUAACAGGAUCCUUUACACGGACAGCAAUUAAUCAUGCCUCUGGUGUUCAGACACCCGCUGGUGGUAUCUUUACUGGUUUUUUAAUUAUUUUGGCUUUAAGUUUACUAACUUCAACAUUUUACUACAUACCAAAAGCAUCAUUAGCAGGACUUAUAAUCACAGCUAUGUUUUCUAUGAUUGACUACCCAAUACUUUGCAGACUGUGGACGACUAGUAAACGAGAAUUAGUUAUUACUAUUUUCACUAUUGCAAUAUGUUUGUGCGUAGGGUUGGAGUAUGGUAUCGUAUCAGGAAUUAUUUUGGAAGCGGCAAUGUUGCUAUAUUCGACAGCGAGGCCAUCACUAAACAUUGAAACUGUAAGACGAGUAAAUGGUGAUGUAAUUAUUUUGCCAUUAACCGGAAAGGUAUAUUACUGCGCGGCAGAGCAUGUGCGGCGAGCAUUAUUGCAAUCAUCACAGACGGUCUUGGAUUCAAUCAUCGUUAUUGAUGGUUCCAACCUAAAGCAUAUGGAUUCAACAGUUGCAUCUAACUUGAUGUCAAUUAUAAAGGUCUUAGAGAAGAAUUCUUGUCAAAUAUUGUUCUUAAAUUUCAGUCCUGACUUAAAGAAAAUGUGUUUAGUUUUGAAUCCGAAAAUUUCCGAUAAAUUUGUUGUGGCUUCUAACGCUGUAGAAAUCAUAGAUAAAAUUUCAAAAAAUGUUUGA